CUUGGCGGAUCGUGAACAUCACUCCUCCCAUCUUAUUCGAUCCACCUCAACCUAUCCUUCCCAUCACCUUCGAUUCGCUCCUCCUCCUCCUCCUCAGACGCGUGAGCUAGAUCCUCUCUCUCCAUUGUGUCAUGCCGCCUAAGCGAAAGGCAGCCGACAGUGCUGCGACUAAUGGCAUCCCUGCCAAAGCAGCCAAGAGGCCAGCGACACGGGGCAAAAAGGCAGCAAAGGCGACCAAGGCCUCCAUGACUAUGGAGGACGAGGUAUCCAAGGCAAGUCAUUCAUAUUCCAACACUAUCGCACAGUACUGUCUGUCCAUCUGUCAGGCCCAAUGGACAUCAAUACGGUGGCAAAGAAAGAACAGUCCCCCUUGCGCGAAGAAAGGGCUGUUCUUUAUGUCCAUCCAACAACAACCACUGCAGGAAAAUCAUUCCUUUGUUUCCCCCUCCCACCCACAACAAAACAGCGCAAACAACACGCACGACCCAUUCUUUCUCUUCCUUCUAUUCUUUCCGCUCUCCUGCCCUUCUCCUGGAUAUACCGAAAAUAAACCCUCCACUAGAAACCCUCUCCACUACGUCCUACGAAGAUACCUUCAUAUAUACGCCACCACUCGAACGAACGCCAACCAACCACUAAGGAACUGGACGACCUCUUGAACUUGACUCAACACCAUGGGGAAUAAGAACAGCACCGCCAAAGAACACAAUUACAGACCAAGAGGAGCAAAGAUCGACAUUACCACCACCGCAGGACCGACAUUCCGUUCAGCGUAAGGGUCGUCCUCGCAUCACGCUCAGAAGGAACUGUACCAACAAUGGGGCGUGCCAACACCUCCCACGUGCAAGUGUGCAUU